AGGUGAAGUCAUUUUUUAUGAUUAUGCAUAAAUCUAACAGUGGAAUGAUUUCAGAUCAUUAAGUGUUUAACCAAAUCAUUAACUUUUCCUAAACGGCCAAAAAUAUACAAUUGAAAUAUUCUUUGUGACAUUUCUGAAUUUCUCUGAAUAAUCCUAAAAAAAAGUGUAACGUUUCUAGACUCAGACCAAUUAUUCAAAAAUCUGAAAAUUCAUCAUUGAACCAACCUGAAUGCAUUUAAUGAAAUUUAGAUUAUAAAUUCACUAGUAUCAAAUGAAAAAUAGUAAAAAUAGUUUCAAAUGACUUGUAAUUUCCUGCUAUUCUUUUGUUGAGAGUAUCUGGAGCAUUUCAACCAAGUUUUGACGCGAUGUAUACAAGUGAAAUUGUAUUCACUAUUCUAACUGCAUUUGUAAUAUUUCUUUCUACUGUUCCACAUCAUAAAUGUGAGCAGCGGCGUCUAAGCUCAAGAGUAGUGACUACAAAGUAUGGCGCCGUCAGAGGAUUUAUAAAUUCCUUAGCAAAUAGACAAUUGCAACAUGUUGAAGUUUUCCAAGGAAUUCCUUAUGCAAGUGCUCCAAUUGGUUCAUUGAGGUUCAUGCCACCAGUCACUCCUCCCCACUGGAGAGGUGUCAAGAAUGCUGAUCAUCUGGGGCCUGUCUGCCCCCAAAAGUUACCAGACGUCAGCAAUGAGACGUUGGCACUGCGCAAAAUGCCGAUGGGUCGUUUGCAGUACAUUAAGAGACUUUUACCUUACUUAAAGAAUCAAAGUGAGGAUUGUCUCUAUCUGAAUAUCUAUGCUCCAGCUGUUGUGGGGAGAGAACCAACGAAAUUACCCGUGAUGGUAUAUAUCCACGGUGAAUCAUACGACUGGAAUUCUGGCAACCCUUACGAUGGAAGCGUUUUGGCAAGUUUUGGAGGUGUUGUAGUUGUGACAAUUAAUUACAGGCUAGGUGUUUUAGGAUUCUUACCAGCGUUUGAUGGAACUGCAAGAGGAAAUUAUGGUUUAAUGGACCAAGUUGCAGCUCUGCAUUGGAUACAAGAAAAUAUUGCAGAAUUUGGAGGUGAUGCAAAUAAUGUUACAUUGUUUGGACAGGGGCAUGGAGCAGCCUGUGUAAAUUUCUUAAUGAUAUCUCCCAUGGCUCGAGGAUUGUUCCAAAGAGCUAUCAUGCAAAGUGGUUCGGCUUUUAGUCCAUGGGCCCUCGCACGGGAUGCAGCUACAUUCACCCGCUAUUUGGCAUCUGUGCUAGAUUGUCCAACUCGGGAUAAUACAGCGCUGGUGGACUGUAUACGACAACGCUCAAUAUCUGACAUCAUGCGAGUACAACUGGAUAUCCCGGAUUAUCUGACAGCAUUUGGACCAACCAUUGAUGGCAUUGUGAUUCCCAAUGAACCUGCUGUCCUUAUGAAGAACUAUAAAGAUCUUUUCGGCCAGUAUGACUUGUUAUUUGGUGUGACCAAGAUUGAAUCGUAUUUCAGAUUCUCCGCUCACGAAGAAAAGUUCGGAAUUGAUUCAGUUCGCAGAGACCGGAUAUUUAGAACCUUAGUCAGAAAUGUUUUCACCUUCCAUCUUCAGGAAAUUUAUUUGACCAUAUUAAAUGAGUAUACAGAUUGGCUACAUCCGGAACAACAUCCCCUGAAUAUCUUCGAAACUACGGUAGAAGCUCUGAGUGAUGUACUGACUGUGGCACCUAUGUUGAAGGCUGGAAAUUACCAUUCAAUGUCUCAUGCGUCUAAGACAUUUUUCUAUGUGUUUGACCACCAAACGGAGGAAAGUGAUUACUCACCAAGAAUGGGAUGCGUCAGUGGAGAGGAACUGAAUUACAUUUUCGGAGCACCUUUAGUGUCUAGUUUGUCUCACUUCAGUACCAAUUACACGAGAUCAGAAUAUUCCUUGGCAAGAGCGGUUAUGACGUAUUGGUCUAAUUUUGCUAAAACUGGUGAUCCUAAUGCGAUCUUUGUUGAUGAGGAUGAAGAAGCAGAGGACAGAGAUUCAACUAGAUACAGUCCAGUAAGCUGGUCGCAAUAUGACAGACUGCAUCAGAGAUAUCUAUUAAUAGGUUUGAAAUCUAAAAUGCGGGACCAUUACCAUUCUCAUCGCUUGUCCUUCUGGCUUCACUUAAUCCCUUCUUUAAACAGACCAGGAGAAGGAAAUCUUAGUUACGAGCACCACAUGCUGGACGACCACAACAAUCUCCGCACGUACGAUGGCAAAGUUCGAGACACACCUGGUGACAUUUCCAGAGUGGUGACUGAAGAGGUUUUCUAUCCACCUCAAUUUCCAAUGCCAACCAAUGCCCCUGUUCCACAUUCGACUACCCAAAUGCCAGAAGUGAGCACUCGCCAAAGUCAGAUCGUCGUCAAAUUGAAGCACCCAUCCGCAGAACUCACAGAGGCAGACAACGGUGCUGAUAAUGGGACGUAUGUGAUUGCAGAUAGUGAACCCACUUCAGCCACAGUCGAAAGGACUACUCCAGCUUCUUCUAGUGCUUUUGACAUGGGUAUAUAUUCUACAGCUCUCAGUGUAACCAUUGCAGUUGGGUGCUCUCUGCUCAUUUUAAAUGUGCUAAUUUUCGCUGGUGUUUACUAUCAGAGGGAUCGAAAUAGGAUGGAACUGGCUUUACAAAAGGCUAACUUUCAGCAACAACAACAGCAAAUGAGUAACAGGAUGGAUGCCGGAAGUGCCUCCGAUCCCACCAACAUGUCUCAAGGCGGAACUACGAAACAGCAUCCCAUGAGAGCUCCUCCACCCUCCCCUGCCGGACAGUACUUACAGGUUCAAGAUUUCACUUACCCCAGCAUCAAUCCAGCUCAUUACUUAAACUCCCUGCCUCCGAAACACCAUCAGGGUAUCGCUGUCAUGGGUCCACCUUCUGUAACCAAUACUCCUAAGACCGAUCCUCAGAACGCACCAGAAGCUCAACCACUUUUGCCACAAAACCAGAGUGAAGUGAGGAUGAUGAGUCACUUGUGGUCUCCACCGAAUCAGGAGAUCUCUGUUCAGCUCAAGCCAUCCCGUGGAGAAACGACCGUAUAGGAUGCAGACUUCUGUUUUUCGCUGAACGUGACACCAACCCCCAUCUGAAGAUGGAUGACUGUUGGCCGUCCGGCCAGCAAGAAGGGCUGAUGAUCCUUGCAUGUCCCGACCCGCACUGAUGAUGCAUCGGGAUGAAAUCAUCGUCCAGUAUCCGUCCUUCAUGAUACUAUGAAGCCAUGGAGGGUUCAUAGCAGAACUUAACAGUGACUAUCCUAUUGACGAAGUUUCUCUUUACGGGAUGUUGCCAAUACUUUUACAUCCGGGUGCAUGUGUUUGUUUUGAAUUCGUCAUGUAUUUGUGUCUUUCAAACAGAAAACAAUAACAACAAAUUCGAGUUUACUAAAUACUCGGAAAUAUCAUAUGCUGACCCGCACAGUGUUUUCAACUAAAUGAUUUCUUCGGACAUAUUAAUAUGUCUUGCUGGAUAUUAACAAAUUUUAUACUUGGCAUCUGAUUUCUUUCGAUAGGUCGGUACUUCUAAUGCAAAUGGGUAGAAGAAAUCCGAUAAUUUUAAUUUUAUUUCUAAUUGGCCUGUAUAAUUAUUAUAAUUAUUAAAAAAGUGUGUACUUCCUUUAACUGUAGAGGUAAGAAAUCCAUUAUAUUUCCAACAAAUUCUAAUUUAAAGAUACUAAUUAAAAUGAAACAAGCGUUACGUUUUUAAUAUUACGUCAGCAUAAUAUUUAUUUACUUGAAAUAAGAUAUUGUUCGUUAUUCCUUGAAUGCCGUUAGAAUUUAAUUUUAUUCAAAAUAAUGUGAAUACGUUGUUACAUAGGAGCUUGUAAGGGAACAUUACAAUUUGAAAUUUUCAGGAAUUUUGGAAAUCAUUUGAAAUAGGUAAUGAAACCAUAUUCUUCCAGAAAUAAACUUUUAGUUGCGUGGAAGAAAUGAAUAAAUGGUUCGUUAUUUAUCUUUUGAAUAUAAUAGUGGACUGAAAUGUUUGAAAAGAGCAUCAUUUUCAGCGUAUAUGAAAAAAAAAUUAUUAUUCAUAAAAUGAUUUGCAUAAAUUACGUAGUAUGCAAGUUAAUUAUUCUUAGACGAAAUUGACUACGAUUUUCAUCAUGUAACUGGUAAAAUCUGCUUUCAAAUGUAAACCAAUUUUUACAAGAAACAAGCCUUUUAUAAUUAUUGAGCUGAAAUGUAGAUGUUUUUUUCAGCAUAUGAAAGUUAUUUCUGUUAUUUAGAAUUCAU